AUGGUAGAUUCUAUUUCGCGGAUCACUUCCGCUCUUGAAUCAGCCAGGGAAUUGACACUGGAAGCAGCUGCGGUUGCAGCCUCCCGGCUUGGUGAAAGCUCCUACCAUAGAUAUUCGCAGAGUAUUACGCCUGAAGGGCUUAGGUCCUUGCUCAACUCCCGUAACUCUAGAGAGGUGCGAGAUGGCAUGAAAAGGGUGGCAUCGCUAAUGGCGUGCGAUGAUCCAACGAUCAACCUGGAGUCCUAUUUUGCAGAUGUGGUGAAAAACGUGAGUUCAGACGAUGUCAAAGUCAAGCGGCUGGUGGCAAUAUACAUGCUGAGAUAUGCCGAGAAGGAUCCCGGCCUGGCUCUCUUGGCGGUCAAUUCUAUCCAGAGGUCACUUUCGGAUCCAGAUCCAGAAGUCCGCUCUCUAGCGCUCAAGGCUAUCUCCGAUAUUAGGAUCCCUUCGUUGUAUCCAAUCGUGCUUCAUUCGGUGAAGAAAGCUAUUACGGAUGUUGCUGCGGAAGUACGUUGUGCUGUCGGCUUCGCGCUUUUAAAGCUGUAUCGAGAGCAGCGCGAAGAAUUAACCGACGACAUUCUUCCCCUACUACAAGACUUACUUGCUGACUCCGACCCUGAAGUUGUUUCUUCGGCUAUCAUUUUGAUGAAAGAAGCAUUUCCUGAUCAUCUGGAACUGCUCCAUGGCCAUUUCAGACGAUACUGUGGACUUUUACCUCAGCUUUGUGAAUGGUCCCAGCUAUAUUUAAUCGAGUUGUCUGUCAAAUAUUGCAAGCACUUUAUUCCGAGGCCCAUUCUCAUGGAUUCCUCUGAUGCUGCGCGAGCUGUUCCGCUUUCUGAUGAUUUCGCUGAUAUCCCUUUUGCAAUUUACGAUGUUUCCUUCCAUCCAGAUUUGAGUAUGUUCUUAGACUCCCUCCAAAAGUUACUUCACUCUCAGAAUGCUGCUGUGGUUGUUGCAAUCAGCAAAGCUUACUUCGAACUUUCGCCGUCUUUAACUUUCAAAAACUCUAAAGCUACGGAUGCCCUCGUUAGGCUCAUUGGCGGACCGUCUAUUGCAGACGGACGCGCUUUAAUUUUUCAAUGCAUACUGGUGUACUGCGCUGUGGACCCAUCGACUUUUUCUCGGUUUUUGAACAAAUUCUUUUUGCUUCCUAGCGAUGACACCAAUACGGCUGUUGCAAAGCUGAAGAUUCUGUCAACUUUAGUGGAUCUCAAUAAUGUUAAGCGCGUUGUUUCUGAGAUAAAGUACUAUAUCAUAAAUGACCAAAGACCGGCUGUAAUCCAAGAGGCUCUAAACUCUUUGGCUGGAUGUGGACAAUUGUCCCGGAGCCUUUCUCUUCAUAUAACGAAGUGGCUAUUGACCAGAAUGGUGGAUUCAAUAUCGUCAGCAUCUUUGGAUUCUUUUGUUAGCGUAUUAAGGUCUUUGAUCCAAGAAAACCCUGCUGAGCAUUUGCAUACAAUGUUGAACUUGUCUCAAGUGUUGAGGACAGAAAACUAUUUGAGUGGGACGGCUAAGGCAGGCAUAGUCUGGCUUUUUGGCGAGUUCUCGAGCAUCAACUUUACUAUAUGCCCAGACGUGCUGAGAAUCUUGAUACCAAACUUUUCAAGGGAACCCAAGGAGGUGAGGCUGCAAAUUGUGCUCUUAGCUGCUAAACUAUUAUCUUGGGAAGUUGACAAUUCCAAAAACAGCAGCACCGAGGUGGGUGCAUUUGAUAUCGACAAUUCAAGAACGGCUCAAAUGGCUCGGUCAGUGUUUUAUCUCGCUAAAUUUGAUGACGAUUUCGACAUCAGAGACCGUUCAAGGCUGUUUUGCUCACUAUUCGAUAAUGAAAGGUAUGAAAUUGCUUCACUGUUGCUACAGGCCCCCAAGCCUUCCUCAAUCGCCCCUAUGGCCCUCAAUAUGUCUUCGUCUGCGAAUGCUUCAAGCUUUGCGUCUCUUGGCCUUGACCCCGGCAUGGAAGAUUACCUUUCUUUCAGUUCUUGGACAUUCGAUGGAGAUGCAGACGAGAGCUCUGCUUUACGCGUCCCUGCUCAAACAAAAGAUUACUCGAGGAUGAAAACUAGUUUCUCCUCUUCAACAUUUUUCGGUGGAAAAAACAGUGACGACUUUGGCGGGACUUCUCCUGUUUCUGAGACAAGUGACGACGUGCACACCCAGUCUUCACGCGGCUUUACAUCCUCGGCAGGAAGAAAAUAUAAAUUACAGAGUUUAGACGAGUUCUUUUCUGACAUCCCUGCGAGGGGCCAGAGGAGACGAAGAGUGCUUGUUGAGGAGGAGAGCUCAGAUGAGGAAGAGACAUCUCAAGAGGAUUCUGAGAGCGACGAUACUUCUAUUAGUUCAAGUAGCGAAAGCGAGGCUGAGAGUAAUAUCGAGGUCAACACUUAA